UGCAGCAUGCGGAAAUGACGGCCGACCCAGAGAGCUCUCAGCUGGCUGCAGAGCCUUUCUCCCUGGCGGAUUCUCUCCCAAGCCCCCCGGAUGUGAACCUCCCUUCCCCGGAGCCCAGGAGACGGCGGGACGCCUGGUCCCGCAAGGAGACCAUCGCCUUCAUUGACAUCUGGAAAGCGGAGGACGUCCAGAUCGCCCUGGGCCAGCAGUACCGCAACAUGAAGCUCUUUGCCUGGAUUGCCGACCGCCUCCGCGAGCGGGGCUUUGAGCGGGACGCCGAGCAGUGCCGCAGCCGGGCCAAAGACCUCAAGCGCGGCUACAAGGAGAUCAAGUGCGGGAACCUCCACUCGGGGAGGGCGCCCAAGACCGCCCCCUACUUCAAGCUGCUGGAGCAGUUCCUCUGCCUCCGCAAGGGCAUCGUCUGCGGGAAGGUGUGCGGGGCCGGCGUGGUGGAGCGGCUGGACAAGCGGCGCAAGAGGCUGCCCCUCAACCCCAUGGCCGCCACCAGGAUCGCCAGGGAAGCAGCCAACGCCGCCCCAGAGCCAGCCGCGAACGAGCGGCAGUACGUCAUCCCCUUGCCACAGGCCUCCCCUCCCAAAGAGCUCCGGGGGGCGGCCACCGAACUGGGCAGGCAGGCCCGAAAGCCGUCCGAGGACGACGAUGUGCCGAUCGUGGGGAAAGAGGAGCCGCCGCGGGGCAGUAGUGUCCCCUUGCCCUCCCCAGAGAACCCUGCUGAACCUCAGGUGUCAAGCGCUGCGGAGGAGCCAAGAAGGCCGACCGCCGGCAACGUGGAUCGCAUGCGCUUCCGGCGGGAGCGUAACUGGCGCCAGCGAUUGGAGUCUGGCCGGCGGCCGGCGGACCCCUCAUCCUCCCCGGCGAUGGCGUCCUCCUCCAAGGCGAACGCUGAUCUUGUGGACGCACUGCGGCAGCUGCACCGGCAGGACCUGCAGGCCUUCGAAAACACCCGGCAGGAGGAGCGUGCUGAAGACAGGCAGGAGAGGCGCCAGGAAAAGCAGGAGCGGGAGGAGGACCGCGCCACCACUCACCGCAUGAUCGCGGCCAUCGAACGCUCCCACCAGACCCUGGCUGACCUCAUGGGCAGGCAGACCUCCGCCAUGGAGGCCAUUGCGACGGCCUUUUCGGCCCCGAAAUACCCCUCUCCCAGCCUCUUUCCGGGGUUCAGCCCUCCGUGGUCGGCCCAGCAGGCCGCUCCCAACUCCGGGGAGAGGCGGGCCAGCGCCUCCGGGAGCAACACAAUGCCCUUGCCUUCCCCCACCCCUGACAAACCCGGGAUGCACGUUCCUGCCGGGGCACAAGACUUGGCUCCGGGACCUGACCCAGCGCCAGGCCCCCUGUGUCCCUCCACCAGCCUCGAGCCUUUCCCUCCCUUAACGAACCCGAGUCCCGGAGAUUCGCCAGCCACCUCGCUGCCAGCUCCCGUCACACACCCCAGCGCCACUUCGAAGCAGAGCCAGAAGAGGAAAAACUGUGACUGAGCGACACUUUGCAGUCCCCCACACUUUCUCGUCUGACCAGGUGGUUCCCACUGCCAUCCUGUUCCGUUCCUUCUCCUUAUUGAUUGCAGUCUAUGGUUUUUGUCAUUGUUCCACCUUCCCGUCUGCCUCACUUUCUUCCCUCGCAAGCAAUGCUGGAUCAUGCCAAAGGGGGUCUCUGCAGUCCAGCAUACAGGUCGGCCAGCUGGGGAACCCCCAAGGAAAGAAGGGUCAGGGCCUGUGGAAUGGUGUUGGGACAACAAUGAGGGAGAAGAAGGAGCAGACUUGGGAGAAGAGGUGUCGGAAGCUGAAGGGGUAACAGGGCUUAGUGAGCGGGGAGAGUGUGUGGCAGAGAGCA